AUGGGCCUUCCCUUCUCAGAUAUUGACAACAGUGGAUAUGUUAGUGACUAUGAACUGCAGGACCUAUUUAAGGAGGCAAGCCUUCCCCUUCCUGGGUACAAGGUGCGCGAGAUUGUGGAGAAAAUAUUAGUAGUUGCAGACAACAACAAAGAUGGGAAAAUCAGUUUUGAGGAGUUCGUGUCGCUGAUGCAAGAGCUAAAAAGCAAAGAUAUCAGCAAAACGUUCCGAAAAAUAAUUAACAAAAGGGAAGGGAUCACUGCCAUCGGGGGGACGUCCUCCAUCUCCAGUGAGGGCACCCAGCAUUCGUACUCAGAGGAAGAAAAAGUGGCUUUUGUUAACUGGAUAAACAAAGCUCUGGAGGAUGAUGCAGACUGUAGCCACCUCCUACCCAUGAACCCCAACGACAGCAGCCUUUUCAAGUCGCUGGCAGAUGGCAUCCUUCUUUGCAAAAUGAUCAACUUAUCCGAGCCAGAUACGAUUGACGAGAGAGCCAUCAAUAAGAAGAAGCUCACUCCGUUCACAGUGUCGGAAAAUCUGAACCUAGCGCUGAACUCUGCCUCGGCCAUCGGUUGCACCGUGGUCAACAUUGGUGCUCAGGAUCUCAAGGAAGGAAAGCCUCAUUUGGUUUUGGGGCUUCUCUGGUUCCCUGGGGUUUGGAGCUUGAGAGCCCUAGAACAUUCAACUCAUUUUGAUUCAAAAGCCUAUUUCCACCUGCUUAAUCAGAUUGCUCCUAAAGGCGACCGAGAUGAUGGGCCUGCCGUAGCCAUUGAUCUUUCAGGAUUUAAUGAGAAAAACGACCUGAAGCGUGCUGGAUUUAUGCUCCAGGAAGCGGAUAAGCUUGGCUGCAGACAGUUUGUCACUCCCGCAGAUGUGGUUUCAGGGAACCCUAAGCUAAACUUAGCCUUUGUAGCGAAUCUUUUUAACACAUACCCAUGCCUACACAAGCCUGACAAUAAUGACAUUGAUCUCAACUUACUGGAAGAUUGUCUGCCANUCUCCUCCAUUCUCAUAUCCUCACCCAUUCGAACACCAUUCAUUCAUACUGAAAUGAAGAGUGAAAGCAGUGGUCCAGAGGACUGUUUCAGUGACCUUGCAGACGCUUUGGUGAUCUUUCAGCUCUACGAGAUGAUCCGNGUGCCAGUCAACUGGAGCCAGGUGAACAAGCCUCCGUACCCUGCUCUGGGAGGAAACAUGAAGAAGGCUGUGGUACUUAUGCUCUUUGAGAUGCACCCUGAGUGCACUCUUCGGCUAUACACGCUGAAAGUGUUAUCAGACCUUGGAGAAGGUGAAAAAGUCACUGAUGAUAUCAUUAUUAAAUGGGUCAACCAGACCCUUAAAAGUGCAAACAAGAGUACUUCUAUUUCCAGCUUCAAGCAGCNGUCUCUGAGUUGCAUGGGCAUCAUGUUCAAGGCAUACAGAGCCGGCCAAACCGAUGCAAGUGGGGAUUGAGAAAACGGGU